AUGGCGGGAGACGCGGGGCGGGAAGCUGAUGGCCAUGCCGAUGCGACGAACAGCGAAGGUCGAGUCGCAGGCAACGGGGAGAAUAGGGCCGAGACGGCGAGCGACGGAUCUGCGAUGCGGAAGGACGGGCACGACCGCGGCCCGCGACACGGGGACGAGGGGGAGGGCGCGAGCGCAGGGCGUGCGGAGGCGGAGAAGGGAGGGGAGGGGCAGGGAGAGCCGCGCCGCAGCAGUGCGGACGAUGCGGAGGGGUGCGAUGGGGAGGGCGAGACAAGGGGAGAGGUCUCGGAUGGUGGAGAAACGGGAGAGACGAGUGCGAGUAAGCGCGCGAACGGCGAACUCGACGUGCGCGGUGACAGGGGAGCGCAGAUGAGUGCCAGGAUGGACGAUGCGCGCACGACGACGGUUCGUGCCAAGAGAAAAUUCGAUUCGGAGGGGCAGGAAGCUGUGGAGGCGAAUAAACGCACUGCUCGAGCAGAGGAGGACGAGAGGGGGGACGAGGGCGAAGAGGGCGUGGUACGUGCAAGCACGGGAGAGACACGCGAGGGUCAUGGCGUGAGAGAUCUGCUGGCCGGGAGCAGCAGUGGAGCGGCGAAAGGGCCAGGGGCAGUGCAGGGUGAACAACAACAGCUGUUUGGUCGAGUGGUGGAUCACAGUGACGCUGUGGAGCAGGGCGAUACACUGGAAGAGAGCGGUGACGAGAGACAAGGCGACGCGGAGAAGCAAGGCGACGAAGAGACGCAAGGCGACGUGCAGGAUCGGAGGGCGGAUGUAGGGCAGUGUGCGACGCAGCAGACGCAAUGCGCAGGCGGCGGUUGCGAGGCAGGUGGCUUGGCGCGGCAGGGAGACGAGGCGGAGGCAGCGCGUCCUCAGGACGAGCGAUGGUCCGUGGCACAGGAGCUUGGAAAUCAAUCCUCCGUCGCCCCACACGCUGCACAUGCAGCCGCUUCCGCAGCGGACGGUGCUGCUGCUGCUGCCAAUCCCGCAGUACCUCUUGAGCCCCCCCUUGCUUUCGGUGACCCUGCAGCGCCAAGUGCAGGAGGCGGGGUGACGAUUGGCGGUGCAGCAGGUGGCGGGAGCCCCCCCUUGCUUCCAGUGCAUGCCGGGGGCGCUCUCGCGCUCCCCCCUGCCCAUGAGCGUGACUCGGGUUGCGAUUCCGGAUCCGGUGCGCUGCUGGAGUGCAGUGGCAGCAUGUCGCCCGUGCAUCACACCUCCCCAAAUGACGCCCCACCCGCCUCCCACCCUCUGCUGCUCUCCCCUGCACCUCACUUGGGUGCCACCACAAUGCAGCUUGCAGCUCCUGCUGAUGCAACGUCGCCAGACACGGGGGGGAGCGGAGGAGGUGGAGGUGCAGGGGGGGGCCGAGGAGGGCGAGGGGACGGAGAAGGAGCGGCGGGUGUGAGUGAUGGGAAGCUGUUUCGCGGGGUGAGGCAGAGGCAUGAGAACCGGUGGGUGGCAGAGAUCCGGUACCCGAAGAAGCGCUCACGCGUGUGGCUGGGCACGUUCAGCACCCCCGAGGAGGCGGCGCGCGCGUACGACCGCGCGGCCAUCAAGCUGCGCGGGCCCAAGGCGCGCACCAACUUCCCCCACCCCGCGCUCGCGGAGUGGCAGCCCCUGGCGGGGUAUGCGGGCGUGGAUCGUGCCAUGGGCGCGGCUGUGGGGGCGGCGGGGGGCGUGCUGAGCGAUGGCAGCGAGGGAGCAGUUGGGACCGGUGGAACGGGGCAUGGCGGGGGCGAGGAGUGGAGCAAGCGGGCGAGAGCCACACAGAGCCCUAUACGGCCUGGCCAGCAGGUGGUUGCUGCUGCAAGCGGGGGCAGUGCGAGGCAUGGGGGCGAGCGAGCAGACACGUGGAGCGUUAAAAGCGAGGAGCGUGGAGGGCAUGGAGAGGCAGUGAAUGGUGGUGUGGGGAGGCAGGCGGGCAAGGAAACGGUGUCACAGCAGUGGCAGCAUGCAGGCGCAGCGGCACUACCGCCUUGUGCCGGGCCUGCUGCUGCUGGUGGUGGUGCAGGCGUGGCAGGGCAAGUGGUGCAACACAUGCAGCAGCAAGGUCUGGCGGAGAGGCUGCAGCAAAGCAGCGCCCCUACAGGCAAUGCGGUGGGCAAUGCGUGCAGUAGCGCGCAUCGACUCGCGUCACACUGGUUCGUGUCCCGCUCCUUGGUCCGCGGCGCGGCGAGUGUGGUCAUCAUGGCGGGAGACGCGGGGCGGGAAGCUGAUGGCCAUGCCGAUGCGACGAACAGCGAAGGUCGAGUCGCAGGCAACGGGGAGAAUAGGGCCGAGACGGCGAGCGACGGAUCUGCGAUGCGGAAGGACGGGCACGACCGCGGCCCGCGACACGGGGACGAGGGGGAGGGCGCGAGCGCAGGGCGUGCGGAGGCGGAGAAGGGAGGGGAGGGGCAGGGAGAGCCGCGCCGCAGCAGUGCGGACGAUGCGGAGGGGUGCGAUGGGGAGGGCGAGACAAGGGGAGAGGUCUCGGAUGGUGGAGAAACGGGAGAGACGAGUGCGAGUAAGCGCGCGAACGGCGAACUCGACGUGCGCGGUGACAGGGGAGCGCAGAUGAGUGCCAGGAUGGACGAUGCGCGCACGACGACGGUUCGUGCCAAGAGAAAAUUCGAUUCGGAGGGGCAGGAAGCUGUGGAGGCGAAUAAACGCACUGCUCGAGCAGAGGAGGACGAGAGGGGGGACGAGGGCGAAGAGGGCGUGGUACGUGCAAGCACGGGAGAGACACGCGAGGGUCAUGGCGUGAGAGAUCUGCUGGCCGGGAGCAGCAGUGGAGCGGCGAAAGGGCCAGGGGCAGUGCAGGGUGAACAACAACAGCUGUUUGGUCGAGUGGUGGAUCACAGUGACGCUGUGGAGCAGGGCGAUACACUGGAAGAGAGCGGUGACGAGAGACAAGGCGACGCGGAGAAGCAAGGCGACGAAGAGACGCAAGGCGACGUGCAGGAUCGGAGGGCGGAUGUAGGGCAGUGUGCGACGCAGCAGACGCAAUGCGCAGGCGGCGGUUGCGAGGCAGGUGGCUUGGCGCGGCAGGGAGACGAGGCGGAGGCAGCGCGUCCUCAGGACGAGCGAUGGUCCGUGGCACAGGAGCUUGGAAAUCAAUCCUCCGUCGCCCCACACGCUGCACAUGCAGCCGCUUCCGCAGCGGACGGUGCUGCUGCUGCUGCCAAUCCCGCAGUACCUCUUGAGCCCCCCCUUGCUUUCGGUGACCCUGCAGCGCCAAGUGCAGGAGGCGGGGUGACGAUUGGCGGUGCAGCAGGUGGCGGGAGCCCCCCCUUGCUUCCAGUGCAUGCCGGGGGCGCUCUCGCGCUCCCCCCUGCCCAUGAGCGUGACUCGGGUUGCGAUUCCGGAUCCGGUGCGCUGCUGGAGUGCAGUGGCAGCAUGUCGCCCGUGCAUCACACCUCCCCAAAUGACGCCCCACCCGCCUCCCACCCUCUGCUGCUCUCCCCUGCACCUCACUUGGGUGCCACCACAAUGCAGCUUGCAGCUCCUGCUGAUGCAACGUCGCCAGACACGGGGGGGAGCGGAGGAGGUGGAGGUGCAGGGGGGGGCCGAGGAGGGCGAGGGGACGGAGAAGGAGCGGCGGGUGUGAGUGAUGGGAAGCUGUUUCGCGGGGUGAGGCAGAGGCAUGAGAACCGGUGGGUGGCAGAGAUCCGGUACCCGAAGAAGCGCUCACGCGUGUGGCUGGGCACGUUCAGCACCCCCGAGGAGGCGGCGCGCGCGUACGACCGCGCGGCCAUCAAGCUGCGCGGGCCCAAGGCGCGCACCAACUUCCCCCACCCCGCGCUCGCGGAGUGGCAGCCCCUGGCGGGGUAUGCGGGCGUGGAUCGUGCCAUGGGCGCGGCUGUGGGGGCGGCGGGGGGCGUGCUGAGCGAUGGCAGCGAGGGAGCAGUUGGGACCGGUGGAACGGGGCAUGGCGGGGGCGAGGAGUGGAGCAAGCGGGCGAGAGCCACACAGAGCCCUAUACGGCCUGGCCAGCAGGUGGUUGCUGCUGCAAGCGGGGGCAGUGCGAGGCAUGGGGGCGAGCGAGCAGACACGUGGAGCGUUAAAAGCGAGGAGCGUGGAGGGCAUGGAGAGGCAGUGAAUGGUGGUGUGGGGAGGCAGGCGGGCAAGGAAACGGUGUCACAGCAGUGGCAGCAUGCAGGCGCAGCGGCACUACCGCCUUGUGCCGGGCCUGCUGCUGCUGGUGGUGGUGCAGGCGUGGCAGGGCAAGUGGUGCAACACAUGCAGCAGCAAGGUCUGGCGGAGAGGCUGCAGCAAAGCAGCGCCCCUACAGGCAAUGCGGUGGGCAGCGACGCUCAGAGGCUGCUGCUGGGGCUCAUUGCUGCCAAUGCACAUGCUGCUGCUGCAGGCACGGCAGGAGGAGGGCCGGGUGGGGAGAGGCACAUGGCAGAUGGGGGAGAUGCAGCCGCAGCAGCAGCUGCAGCAAAGGUGGCGGCGGCAGCAGCAGCAGGGAGCCGGGUGGGGAUUGCGGAUAAGCUGCUGCUGCUGGCCGUGCAACAGCAGGCGGAGACGCAGCAGCAGAUGCAUUUGAGGCAGGCGGAGGCGGUGAGGCAGGCGCUGCUGUCAGUGGCCCCGGAGCAGAGGCAGCAGCUGCUGCUCGCCCUGGCGCAGGGCGGCAUGCUGCCCUUGGCAGCGCUGCUGCAGACACCAGCGCAGGCACAGGCACAGGCGCAGGCGCAGGCACAAUCACAGGUACAGGCAGUGUUGCAAGGGCAGGGGUGGAACGCGCAUGACACAGGUGGUGAGGGGCUCCUUGCAGCGCUUCUGGCGAAGGUGGGUGGGGAGGAGAAGAACAAUGCGGGGAACGUGAUUCACGGGCUGCUGGCAGGGAUGGGUGGCACUGAUGCCGCCACUGUCGUACAACUGCUGCUGCAGCACCACCAGCAACAGCAGCAACAGCAGCACCAACAGCAGCAACAGCAUCAGCAACAGCUACAGCAGCAGCAAGCAAGGCAGCAGCAGCAGCAGCUGUCGUUGUUGAUGGGGAAUGCAGGGCAGGCCAUGCAUGGCGUGGGGGGAGGCUUCUUUGGGGCGACCGGUGAUGCAAGCGGCACAGUGCCUGGCAGCAGCGCUGCUGUCAUCAACUCCCUGGCUGCGCUGCUGGGAGGGGGGCAGGGUGGCAGCAGUGUGCGUGGGCCCCAUGCGAGCCAUGAGUGGCUGGCGGCCGUGAGGCAGCAAGGCUCCGCCCAUGGGCCUGCUGCAUCGGCUGCUGCCACAUGCAGUGCAGGUGUGGGGCCGGGGGACGGCAGGGAGGCAGGGGCAGGCGCAGCAGUGUCACAGCACUCCUUCCUCCCGGCACAGUGGGAGACGGGCGUGCGACAGGGGGGAGGAAUGGUGGUUUCCGCUCCUGCUCGAAUGUCGCACAUCCUUCAUCCCGUCUGUUGCCACGUGGCACUUCGGCUGUUGCCUCUCCAUCCCCCACCGUAUCUCCGCUCUUUCUCCCUCCGCUCUUCGUUUCCUCCUGCGUCCCUCCCCAGUCGCCCCUCGCGCCGUCUCAUUCCGUCUCCCCUCCGGACGCGGCGCAUCGCCGCCACCUGCUACAUCCGACCCGCCCCACCUCCCUCCCCACCAUUUGCCCGCGCCCCUUCCGCCUGCUGCGCCCCGCCGCACUGCGUGUCCAACGGGCGACUGGAUUCCCCGCGCUCACUCAGCCAGGGGAACGAGGGGCGCACCAGUGGCAUGCGCGGAAUGAGCGGCGUUGGCGCGGAGGCGGCUGGCGCCCGGGCGGAAGCAGCGACAGGCGUAGCGGUGGAGGGGGAAAGCCGAUGUGAGUCGAACGGAGCUGCGCGAACGAUUGGCGAGGGCGGGGAACGAGGGGGAAGCGAGGGGAAGACGGGCGACCAAGGGGAGGGGACGGCGGUGACGGGUGCGGCGACGGCGCGGACAGGCGCGGGGGAGGAGUUGCCCCCUGCUGUAGGGGCAAGGGGCAGCGAGAAGCGGGGCAAGGGGAAGAAGGGAGGCGGAAGGGAAAAGGGCGAGAGUGCAGGCGAUGGCAGGGGGGAUGAAGGGGGCGGGGGAGAGCAGCGGAGCAAGGGCAAGCGGGGCGCGGGCAUGGUGGUGGGGGGGUACGAGGUGGAGGGCGUGUCGGUGGGCGGGCAGGAGACGUGUGUGAUAAUACCGAGCAUGCGCGUGGCGUUUGACAUCGGCAGGUGCCCUGCACGCGCUGUGUUCCAGGACACCGUGCUCAUCUCCCACACGCACAUCGACCACGUGGGCGGGCUGGCGUUCCACGUGGCGACGAGGGGGCUGUUCUCACUGGCGCCGCCCACAGUGGUGGUGCCGCCAUCGGCCGUGCAGGGCGUGACGGCCAUGAUACAGUGCUUCCAGCAACUCGACGGCAGCACCCUGCCCCUCCAACUCAUACCCCUCCAGGUGGGCGAGGAGAUGUGGGUGAAGAAGGGCUAUGUGGUGCAGCCGUUCACCACGUACCACGUGCUGCCCAGCCAGGGCUAUUUGAUCUCGUCUCGCAGGCACAAGCUGCUGCCGCAGUACCAGGGCUUGCCAGGCGCUGAGAUCAAGCGACUCAAGGAUGCCGGCACACAGAUAACAGAGGAGGUGGAGGUGGGCGAGGUGGCGUUCACAGGCGACACAACAGCGGAGUUCAUUACGGACCCUGCCAACGCGCAUGUGCUGCGUGCCAAGCUGCUCAUCAUGGAGGUCUGCCCCUCCCCGCCACACGUCCAUGCCAUGCCACCAGGGGGCAAGCACGCGCGCUCACUGCUACGACACCCACGUGCUGCUCUGAUUGGGUUGCUCCAUCUCGUUCAAGUGCAUGUGUGCUCAACGUCCAGCCCUCAUCCCUUGCUGCAUGCUGCUGGUGCGUGCAGCUGCGCCCUCUGGCGCACAUGUUUCAGAACGAGGCCAUUCUCUUCAUCCACUUCUCAGCGCGAUACAACCGCCAUGUCAGUACACCACCCCCCUCACCCGCGCCCAUGCACUGCUCGCGCCACGAGUUGCCGUCGGUUGGCCCUGGCACGUGCCCCUUUCGCCAUUCCUGCUCAUGCGCCUGCUCGCUGCUUGCUGCAGGAGAUAUUGGAGAGCAUUGCUACACUGCCAGAGCCAUUGAGAAGCAAGGUCACUCCAGCCCUCAUCUCACCUCGCGUUGCGCUAGACGAGCGCGCGCCUCCCAUGGACGUGCUGGCGCGGGGAAUCCGUCCCCCGCCUCCCCUUCUCCGCCCCGCUUUCCUCUCCUCCCCCUCGUCCCCGCGCGCCCGUUACCAUCCCCCGAUCCGGAUCAACGUCCGCGCUGCCAUCCACGCGCCUCCCGCACUCCGCUGGUCCGCGCUGAGCCACGCGCGGGGAGGCGUAUUGGCGGCGCACAGAGGUUGGGCGCAAGGGACAUCGCGCGAAAAAUGUGGGCGGUGGUGGAGCGGCAUGGCGGAAGGAAGCCGGGCGGGGCGCUGUAGGGGCGGCGGUAGGCAACGGUAUAGACCGGUUGAAGUGCGUGCUGCUAGCGCGGGACGCGGGGAGGAGGGGCGAGUAGGUUCGGCGGAGCACGAGAGGGCGAACGGUUGGGGCGCGGACGAUCCGCAGGCGCGGGCGGCGGAUGGAGGAGGGACGGUUGGAGACGAGGCGGUGGGGGAAGGGCAGACAGAGGCGGAGACACGUUACGACGAGGGUGGGGGGGUGGGCGGGGUAGGGUGGGAGGGUGGCGGGAUUCCGCGAGAGGUGGCGGAGGCAAUGCUGCAGGUGAGCGUGCAGGCGCUGGGGCGAGGAGAGGUGCAAGCAGGCGUGGGGGAGGCGAGGGCGCAAGCAAGCGACGGCGAAAGCAUCAGUAGAACAGCAGAUCAACAAGAUCACGAGCACGAGCAUGCGCGCAGCAGCGCCUCUGCGUCGUCGUCCAAUGGCGCAGCGACGGCGCCCGUUCCCUCUGCCACGCAGCUCGCCCCCGCCGCGUCACCACGCACGCAAGCGCGAAGCCAGCCACAAGCAGCGCCACGCGGUGCAGAGGGGCCGCCCUGGGCGGCACAGGCGGGGGGGCGCGCAUGGGGGCGGGGAGAUGGGGGCGGCAGCGGGCGGGCAUACAAGAACUUGUUCCUGGCGGUGGCGAUGUGGCAGACGCACGUGGAGCGCGCUGUGGACCGGCUGUUCCGCGACGAGCUCGCCCGCCGCGCACUCGUCACCACGGCCCUGCUGGCGCUGUCCCGCGUGGGGUAUGCCGUGCCGCUGGCGGGCCUCAAGGAGGCCAGCACUGCCACCCACGACCACCCGCUGCUCAUGGCCGCCGGUGAGGGGGGAGAGGGGAGGGGAGAGGGGGCCGCGCUAGGGGCUGCUGCUGUUUGCUGGUUGGAUCUGGAGGUGGCAUCACCGGGAGGUCCCAUCAACCUGUUCGCUCUGGGCAUUACACCGCACAUAUUCGCCUCCAUCAUCCUUCAGGUGGUGUUGGCGCUGCGCAUCUCACCGCAUCUCAACAACCUGCGCAACGAGGGGUCAAGGGGUGCUGCACUCAUCCAGCGAUACACCUUCUACGUGUCAGCGGGGCUGGCGGUGGUGUUUGGCGGGCUCACAGCAUGGACGUCCAUGGACUGCUCUGGCGCCCUCAGAGUGUGGCUGCCGUCGUUCCUGCGCGCGUCCCUGGCCCUGGCGGCGGGCUCCACCCUGCUGCAGGGCCUCUGCUCCGCCAUCACCAAGUUCGGCCUCGGCGAGGGCUACUCGCUGCUCAUUUGUCUGAGCAUCCUGUCGGGCUUCACAGCAUCGCUGCAGCCCGCCCUCGCCCUCUUCAAAGAGCGUCUGCUGUCGGACCCACACGUGGCGGCACUGCUGGCGCUGCUGCUCACGCUCUUUGUGCUCACCACCUUCGCGGCUGCAUGGCUCGUGGGGGGGGUGCGCCGUGUGCCGCUGCUCUACUUUGACUUCAACAUCACCACGCCCUCUCUGGAGGAGAGGGCGCAGGUGCAGCCAGUGGUGCCGUUCCCGCUCAUCCCCCAGGGCAUGUACCCCGUCUUCAACGCCUCCCUGCUCGCCUCCUCCGUCACCAUGAUUCUCCGGGAGGUGGGUGGGUACAACGUGGCUGCUGCUCCCCUGCACCUGCGCGCACUGGGCCACACAGCCGUGUUCCUCAUCACCAUUCUCUUCAACAUAUACGACCUGGACGACACGAUAAAGGACAUAGCGGACAGUCUGGUGGCGAUAGGGGCGAGGGUGCGGCAUGUGAGGCCAGGGGCGGAGACAGCCGAGUUCCUCAGAGACGCACGUGACUCCACUCGCUUCCUUGGUGGUGUGCUGCUAGCAUCCAUGGCGUCUGCAUCAUCAGCACUUAGUCUGUUUGUCUACCGAAUCUCAGGGAUCUCCAUAGCUUUCACAUCACUUCUGAUCAUU